AUGGAUGCACUGCUCUCCCAUCUCGAUGCUCUCGUUGUCAAACCUGAACUCGCACCGCUACUAUCACUAGUGAAGGGUGCACGCAAUGGGAUCGUCUACGGAUCGAAAGUCCGCUUUCCACAUGCGCUAGUAACGAAAUUGAUCGCGUCGUUGUACAGAAUACGCGAAAAGACAAAACUCGUUUUGAAAGCAACCCGCCUGCACGCGCGGAACCUCUCCACAUUCGCCAUUAUCUACAAGGCUUCAAUGAUCGUUCUCCGGAACAUACCAAGUGGUGCCGGGAAAGAGGGCAGAUAUGAUAGUUUCUUUGCUGGCCUGCUGGGCGGGUAUGCAGUUUUUGGACGGCAACAGGGCAGUAUCAGCCAGCAGAUCGUUAUUUACAUCUUCGCGCGUGUGAUGCUUGCCCUUGCUAAGCUCGCCGUCCAACCCAAGAUGCACCCGCUUUCCUCCCUCAUCACAUCCGAUUCACGCACGAAGAUCACAAAAAAUGCCUACCCCGUUUUCGCCAGUUUGACCUGGGCGAUGGUCAUGUACAUUUUCCGGUGGCACCCGGAGACGCUGGCGUCGAGUCUGCGUAGUAGUAUGGUAUAUAUUUACGGCGACUCAGACCAUUGGGAUUCCCUCCGUACUCUAUUUGUACACAACAAAUGA